GGUACAGGUGGUCCAGUGGCCACCUUCUCUGUGUGGGACUAUGUGGUGUUCGCUGGAACAAUUUUGGCAGCAGCUGGUAUUGGUCUUUUCCAGGCCAUUCGAAGCCGUAAGGAGACCAGCACUGCUGAGUUCUUGUUGGGCGGACGGCAAAUGACAGCUGUGCCAGUUGCCAUGUCGCUCACUGCCAGCUUCAUGUCUGGCAUCACGGUCAUUGGCACACCUGCUGAGGCCUACCAGUUUGGAACUGCCUUCUGGCUGUUUGGCUUCUCCUAUGCCAUCAUGUCUGCUGUCACUGCUGAGAUCUUUGUCCCGCUUUUCUACCGACUAGCAAUUACCAGCGCCUAUGAGUACCUGGAGAUGCGCUUCAGCCGAGCCAUUCGGUUGAUCGGAACAUCAAUGUACAUCGUACAGACGGUCCUGUACACCGGCUUGGUUCUCUACGCUCCAGCUCUUGCACUAAAUCAAAUCACAGGACUUGAUCUGUGGGGAGUGCUGGUGGCUACAGGAGCAGUAUGCAUCCUCUACUGCACUUUGGGCGGUUUGAAAGCAGUAAUCUGGACAGACGUGCUGCAGAUGGUGAUCAUGUUGGCAGGUUUUGUGGCUGUUAUAGCUCGAGGAGCUGUACUGCAGGGAGGCCUGACGAAGAUCUGGGAAGACGCCGAUCAAGGAGGCAGACUAAAGACAUUUGACUUUGACCCAGACCCUCUGAAGCGGCACACUUUCUGGACCAUUAUAGUUGGUGGCAGCGUGAUGUGGACGUCUAUCUACUCAAUCAACCAGUCCCAGGUGCAGCGCUACAUCUCCUGCAAAACGCAAGAGUCUUUGUAUGUGAACAUGGUUGGCCUGUGUGUAACUGUGAGUCUGGCUAUGCUGUCUGGCCUCACCAUGUACUCCAUUUACAAGUCCUGUGAUCCACUUUCAAAUGGGGAUGUAAGCACCUCUGACCAGCUACUACCAUACCUUGUAAUGGAUAUUCUGGCAGACUACCCUGGAAUCCCUGGCCUAUUUGUGGCUGCUGCAUACAGUGGUACCCUAAGCACAGUGUCGUCCAGUAUUAACGCCCUGACUGCUGUCACUGUGGAAGACUUUAUUCUCCCUCUGUACAAAAACCUCACAGAGAAACAAAGUUCCUGGAUGAACAUGGGCCUGAGUGUUUUCUUUGGUGCCCUGUGUAUUGGAAUGGCUGGAAUUGCUUCACUGAUGGGAAGCGUUCUGCAGGCAGCUCUGUCCAUAUUUGGCAUGAUCAGUGGGCCUCUUCUUGGUCUUUACCUAUUAGGCAUGCUCUUCCGCACAUCAAAUUCAAUAGGAGGCCUGGUGGGGAUGAUCAUUGGUCUGCUGUUGACUCUGUGGGUGGGGAUCGGAGGCCAGAUUUAUCCUCCAACAGAUGAAAAGACAAAUCCUCUCCCACUCACUACUGUCGGCUGCAACAUCACAAUGGGUCAAAACUACACAACAGAAGCUCCCUUGCCUGAUGUCAGGCCGCCUUUGGCAGACUCCUGGUACUCUCUCUCCUACGUCUACCUCUCUCUCUUGGGCACACUGAUCACAAUUGUGUCUGGCCUGCUGGUGAGCAUGAUCACAGGUGGAUGCAAGCAAGAGAAACUUGACUCUGAUCUGUUUGUGAGGACGAGCGACCUGAUCUGCUUCAGAUGCUUUAGUAAAUCCAAGGUAUCAGACAUCACAGAAAAGACUGCUGCAGAUUUUAACAUGGGAGCCGACAACUUGGCGUUCACAGACCAUGAUGUGACAAUAAAAGCUGAUGAAAACACCGAACUGUAA